AUGGGCACCAAACGCCGAGAGAAGGCUUUAGCCAAGUCUAUCCAGGCUGGACUACUGCGCGAUCCAGACCAGUUCAAAAAAUCAGUAUGGGGCUCUAUCUUGGCCUUCUUCACCCUGCAUCGGAUCAAGCUUCUGCGACAUGAAAUGCACUUGUUUGCCAAAUUACGCCAAGAGAUAUGGCAAUUCAACGAGGAUGAAUAUCAUUCGAGUUUCCGGACAACGAGCGGCCAGCCGCCGCUGAAGAUGAUGGGCGACUUAGGCUAUUCAGGCUCGGUGAGUAACGACAAUCAGACCGGUUUGAAGAGAAGUCUUUCAGUUGACAAUGUUGUUCAGACAUUCAUCACCACGACGGAUGGUCGUUUUGUGAUCAAGAGCCUUCCUCGUCACUUCGAGUAUACAUUUUUUCAGUCCGAUCUCUUGGGGCCAUAUUAUGAGUUCAUGCAAACCCACCCCGAUUCAGUGCUUGUAUGGAUAACAGAUUAUAUCCUUUCCCCAUAUGUCACCCUGGGUACACUUUGUGGAUGCACCCCUGCCCAUCACAUUAUAAUGGAAAACAUCUUGUGCGGACAAGCCGACGAUCCAAACAGCGACAAGUGGGAAACCUACGACCUGAAGCCAAUCGACUAUUUCUACCCAGAACGCGAUCUGGUUCCAGAGCCACUUGUUAGCGAGGAUACCAUAAACAAAUUAGCGGACGUCUUCAACGACAAGCUUCAUCUAUACCGUCAAGAUUCUCAAUCGUUCUUGAGAGCCGUUGAAGCCGAUACCAAAUUCUUGCAAGAUGCCAACGUGGUCGACUAUUCACUGUUCCUUGUACGAAUUCCCGCCUCGUCAAGGCCCCCAACUUUAGGAAGAAAAAGCCCUUGGAGAGAAGGGAUUCUAUCUGCAGAUGGGAAGUGGAAAUAUAGGGGAGUCAUACUUGACUUUUUCUGGGCAAAGCACAAACUGCACGCCCAGGCAAUGUCGGGGGCGGUGCAGACGUUCAAUGUUGUGGGUCGCAAAGGUCCCAUGUCAGUCACGACGACAGCAGAUGAAUACCGGAGCAAUUUUCUAAAGAUGGUGAGGGAAAUGGUAGAGGUUCAUUGA